UUCCUUCUAUUGGGCCUGGUGAAUGUGCUUCGUAAAUCAAUAGUUACGCUUGGGUGUGCUGUGGAAACAACCACAGGAUAUAUGCAGAAGGAUUCUACCAAAUGGGCUUUUCUGUGAAGAAUUUCCACAUUUCCCCGACUGACGUAGUGAAACAGGGAGGUCUGCACUGACUGUGGUACCAGGUGAAGUAAACAUGGGAAGUUUAGACAUGUAUUUGUUUUAAUUGAAGCUGCCAAGAACUAUGCAUUGAAUGGAUACUUAGACCAACUCCCACUGGAGAAGCAGACGUCAUCACUUGGCAAAGAAUCAGCUGACUCGCUCAGAAGGUUAUAACUCCAAUGGGAUUGAGAUCUUUAGAAUAUAUGCUACCAUACAGUUAGGGAGGGAUUGAGAGUCUGGUGUGUGCUUUCGCGGAUUGGAUUGUUCGUAUGUUCCGAGGAAGCCUUUGAUGUACCUUUGAAUCUGUGUUCACUAGAACCAGGAUGUUAACUUCGAUGCAAUUCUUGGAGAACUUUGUGAGCUGGAAACGCAGCUGAAUACAACUCAAACUGAGCUCUCACGUAGCCUGGGUGGAUACCCGGCUGAGAUGGUCAACGAACAUCAGCCACACGAAAAGAAAGAUGGAGGUGGUGGGGGAGGAGGAGGAAGUGGUGGAGGGGGGAGUGAUAUGAUUCAGGCGGAGCUUGACGCCCUCGCGGCCGAGAUCACACAAGGAUUAGGAUACCGCAACAACGUACAUGUAUACAAUGGACAAACAGUGGAUACCACUUAUGACACAGGUGAAACAGACUCGGCUUUCUCGGACAAUGCCUCGUUGCCAUCUUCCGAAUCCUUCACUUCCAUGGUAACGGUGUCGUCUUCUGCAGAUACGACGUCUUCGUCUUCCGGAGAUACUUGCAGUACUAGUAGUGCUAUGUCCGCAGCAACGCUGCAAGGAGAGAUGCAUGCACAUGUACUUGCACAUCUCAUCAAGAUAAAGGAGGGAUUAGAUAAAGAAAAUGUUCCCCUUGAGGAACAAAGAGCACGAUUAAAAGCAGAAAAAAUUAGAAUAGCCCUCGAAAAAAUAAAAGAAGCCAAAAUAAGAAAGUUAUUUGUCCGGGCGUUUGCGAAAGAUGGAAGCAGCAAGAGUAUACUGGUGGACGAGAAGAUGGCUGUCGGUCAAGUGGCCAGCGUUUUGGCAGACAAGAACCAUAUGAAGUUGAACACAAACCUCACUGUUAUAGAACACAUGCCGGACCUUCUAAUGGAACGAAUCCUGGAGGAUCAUGACUCACUGGUGGAAAAUAUGGUUAUGUGGACCCGAGACUCCAAAAAUAAAGUUUUAUUUGAAGAAAGAGCAGAAAAAUUUGAUCUGUUUAAACACCCAGAAAAAUAUCUUUUGAUUGGAACGUCCUCCGAGAGGGGUGUGUCCCUUGGCCCGAGUCAGCAAGAACGAUUAAUACAGGAGUUCUUCUCAUCGUCGGGGGUGAAAGUGCCGGAAGUUGAAGGCCCACUUUAUCUGAAGUCUGACGGGAAGAAGGCAUGGAAGAAGUACUUCUUUGUUUUACGAGCCUCGGGACUCUACUAUAACCCAAAGGGAAAGAUCAGCAAGUCCCCGAAGGACCUAGCGUGUUUGGUACAGUUUGACUUUGUGGAGCCCUACCAUGGGCUUGGAUGGAAGAAGAAGUACCACGCCCCGACAGACUACUGCUUUGCUCUCAAGCACCCACAAAUCCAGAGAAAGAAUUCCAAGUACAUUCGCUACCUGUGUGCCGAAAGCAAGACAACCAUGGACCAGUGGAUUAUGGGUGUCAGGUUAGCGAAGUUGGGGAAACAGCUACUGCACAACUACGAGCGAGCUCAACACGAGAUCUCCAUGUGGGACUUGCGUGACAUCAGCUCCCCCAGCAGUCAGAGAACAUCCACCAACAUCCCAGACCAGCUGUGUCUCAACAAUGUUGGCAAUCUUCAAGACAGUCGCAUGUCUGUGCCUGAACCCGGCUCCCGACACAGUAUCGUCACAGUGAAAAAUGCAUCUCUAGUCCGGAACAGUGGCCCUGACUGUGAUAACCCGAAUGAAGUUGUGGGGAUCGACGUGGUCCCUAUGCCACAGAGGAAGGGCUCAGUGGGUGGUUUAAGUGGAGGGGAUCCGUCCCCCCAGCCUAAGACACCUGUGAAGAGGGUGUCGUUCAGUAAUACACAUUGUAUCAUAAACGCAGAUUCGCGUGAAGAAAUGGUUCACUUAAGGCACCGAGAUUCAAUAACAAGUGCUUCAACAGAUUCCAGUGAGGAUUCGGCCUCCAGUGGAGAGGGUAAGCAUUGCCAAGGAGGGACGCGGGGGAAACUACGGCCGAAGCUGCCAGUAACGACUGAGACAACACGGCAGUUGUCUGAAAUGUUUCAGAUUUCCAUGGAUACAUGCAGUGUUCAGUCAAAUGAUAGUGCAUUCUCUGAUGAUAGAAAGUCCUACUUGGAGAAAAGGAGAUCUUCGUCUUCUUCCACAUCCAGUGAUAAAAUGAGGAUGCAUUCAGAAAGUGAUCGUACCAGCAAAACAGAAUCGAUAAAGGAGCAAAGGAUGUCAAGCACACGCAGUUCAGGACCAAUGUCUCCUCUGUCUCCUCCUCUUCAGAGGCAAUCAUCAGAGCCAACCUAUCAACAGCUGACCUAUCAACAGCCAAAGGCAGCAGUGAUGCAACAAGCACCUGUUCCUCCUCCACAGGAGAAGGCGAUGCCUCCACCGCCACCACCACCAAAUGCAGCAGUACAUCCACCUCAUCCAGUGCCCAGCAACACAAUGCCACAGCCGAUUCCGGUGAAGUCACCUCCUCCUCCGCCUCCACAGAUGCAGAAGGGUCAAGGCUCUGUGCCACCUCCGCCACCUGGCCAUAUGAAAGGUCAUGGAUCUAUGCCACCUCCCCCUCCACCGAUGCAGAACCAAGGGUCAGUACCUCAACCUCCCGUUAUGCCGCCAGCACCAACAAUCCCUGCUCCAGCUUCACCAGUGCCAACAGGGAUAAAACGACCAGGAUCAACCCCACCCCAGAACGGCAGGGUGCCUCCACCACCUCCACCUCAAGGACGAGGACCUCCGCCCCCACCUCCGGUUAAAACCACCCAGAUCUUACAACCUCAGAAACAAAACCCAAUCUCACCCACCCAAGCACAAAGGCCUCCUAACACGGCAAUGUCACCAGGGCAGGUACCACGACCUCCAAAUUCGGCAAUGUCGCCUGGGCAGGCUCAACGACCUCCAAAUUCAGCAAUGUCGCCUGGGCAGGCGCCACGACCUCCAAAUUCGGCAAUGUCGCCUGGACAGGCACAACGACCUCCUAAUUCAGCAAUGUCGCCACCUCCACCUCCCGUGACUGGGAUGCAGAAGUUCACCGGACCAUUUAGUCCCCAGCUGUCCCGUGUCGAGCGCCAGAUGAAUGGGUCAGCUGGACCCCCGACUCGGUCACCAAUGUCUCCAGGCACACCUCCUGGAGGCCCACCCACAACAGCACCAAAGCCAAAACCACCUCCACUAUCGCCGGUCGGUAACCAAAACCUCGGAACAAAGUCACCCCGGAAUUCGCCGACAGUUUUGUCCCCACCUCCUCCCAAUGGGAUGAUGCCCAAGGCAGACUCCCCAAGUGCUAUGGACAAGGGCGCUGGCAUUCCUAUGCCACCACCAAUGCCACUUCUACAAACUUUACCAACACAAUUAAUUUCUCAGAGAAUCUCACACAUCAAGCACCCUUCUACAGGAACCCCUAUGUCUCAAUCUGUGAAGCAAGGACCAAACCAACAACAGACAGUAUUGCAAAAGAACCGUGUCACAACAAAUGGUGGUAUGCACGAAGAUCAUGACAGUGCAUCAGUUCAGUAUAUGACAGAAUUAUCGAAGAGGUCACACAAUCAUCCACCUCAGUUUGGACACAACAUGGCACAUGGAAACCAUACUGCUGAAUGUGUUUCUAUGCCCAAUCAAAGCAUCGGUGGUGCUAACCAUAGACGAUCCGCAUCUGCAGGGGGAAAUGUUAUGAAACCCCCCGGUCCCCCAGUGGCCCAGAAACCAGACAGUAAAAAAGCAAAUCCUCCUCCGCCACCAAAACGCAGCGAGCACACACGGUUAUCUUCAGACCAAGCCAGGCAGCUGAGACUGCAACAACAAAAGCAGCAGCAGCAGCAGCAACAGCAGCAGCAACAGUCUGGGGAGAGGGUCCAGCAGUGGCUGAUCCUAUAUACGAGAACUGUGAAGGUAUUAUGGAUAUUAAUGAGCUUCCUCCACCACCUCCUGAGUUUCUGGAAGGACUGUCUCCCCAACAGCAGGAGCAGCAGAGAGCACUGCAAGCUUGCAAGAAACCUCGUCCUCCACCACCGCCCCCGAAAAGAAACAAAGAUACUCACCUGAGCCACUGAGUGUUACUUUUACCUGCUUCACAGAGGAUCCGUUGGCUCAAAUUUGCAAUAAGCUGAACUGAUUGUGAGCAGCCAUCUGUGUUCUGUCCUGGUCGGUUCUGAUGUACCAGAGUGAUGGCGUCGUAGCAUUGGCUAUGAUCUGCAAGUCAUUCAUGUUGGUGUUAGAGCUUGGUGGUGUCAGACCGGGGGAACUGUUGUUGAAAAUUAUUAUCCAAAGUUACUGCUACUUGACAGAGGUCCGUUAUAGUUGACAGUGUAUUGUUCAUCACGUGUCUUGCCAUUGAGGUUGUUAGCAUUAUACGCAAAGGUGGGUGUCAGUACCUUGAUGGCAUCAGUUGUAGAUUCCGUGUCUUUGUCGACAUUUUGCAACCACCAUAUUGAUUGUACAAUUUUGCCUCUUUGACCAAUUCAUGUGCCAUAUAUAUAUCUGCAAGCAUAUUAAUGUCAUCGGUUAAUUACCUUCAAACCUCUCAUUUAACAUUGUGAACGGAUCUCAAACUUACGUCAUUCAAAAUUUAUGAAGCGUACCACUUGGAAAUUAUUCUGGUGAAUCUUUUUUAAGUAUUUUUAAUUUAUUGAUUUGGAACCCAUUUUGCCAAGAAGUCAUGGUUUUGUUACUUUGUUGUAAAGUUUGCUAUUUGGUUGUUGUUUUAGGUAGUACAACUAACAAACUACAAUUCAAAACGAUUUUGUAGUAUUUAUUUUGUGUGUUGGAAAAGAACAUAAUCAGUGUUGAUAUACAUCAAUGAAGGAGUGCUGUUGGAAAACCUGGUUACCAUGGUUACUGCUUAUUAACCCAGCAAUGGAGGUAUGCUGAAAGUAACAGAAUGCUUGACAACAGGACUUGUGUAAUCUACUUCUGGAGGCCUUAUAACCUGCUUUUGAUACUUAGUGAGAUUUACAUUUAUGUUUAUACUAGUAGGUUAGAAACAAGUUUCCUGACUGUCAUUCAAAAUUGAUCAGGAUACCAGCAUUGGUCAUAAGCAUUCAUUAUAAUGAGUCAUAAUGAAUAUUUUAACCAACUGGGGUUGACAAUAGUCUCCCAUAAGAGAUCAAUGAUGACAAAUAUUCAUACCAACAGAGCUCAAAAUGAAUAUUAAUACCUGAAGAGUCAUAAUGAACAUUAAUACCAGCAGUCAUAAUGAAUAUUCACAUCAGGAGAGGUCAUAAUGAAUAUUAAUACCAAAAAGAGGUCAUAAUGAAUAUUCAUACCAAAAGAGGUUAUAAUGAAUAUUCAUUCCAGCAGUCAACUAUUUUCCAACAGUUUCUCCAUCAUUUUUCAUGGUCAUGUCAUUUGCAUAAUAUAUCAUACUUCACUUCUCAGAUGUGCCAAUAUUUUAUUUUAGUUAAACUGUCAAUAUUUAUGUGAGUCAGUCUUUAGUGACAUUUUUACCCUUUUGUUACGUUGUUAUGUUACACAUGUGCUUCUGUUUACUCCAUGGUGCUCUUAAGAUGGCUAGCUGCUUGGACAGGAAGCCAUUUAUCCUUUCUAAUUCUCACAUGAUAGAUACCUGUCACAGCUUUCACUUUCUUUAAACCUUUGUCUUUUCUAUUCUCAAUUCUUCUAAUGUGUGAUCGUUGAAACAUUAGAGAUGCCCGGGUUUGUUUUGUUUGUGAGAGAUGGUAAUUAAUAUAAAGACACUUGACAGUGGAAGCUGUUUUGGAACACGAUGCUGCAUUUGUACAUACUUCAUCUGGUGUGUUUCCUGUACAGUGUACUGCUCUGUGGCAGCUGUACAAUUUCUUCUUUCUGCUUCAAGGGACAUCUCAAAACAUUUUAUGUAUUUUCCCCAAAAAUACAAUUUUGUAACAAAUGCAUUCUUCAGAAAUUGUGUCUGGUGAAUAAUUUCCUGUUUGAACAAAUUAUGGUGGUUUGAUGUUUGGAAAAAGGCAUGAGAUAUUUUGAUAUGGUCCCUCAGCUUACCUUGUGCAAUAGACAAUAGACUUUGGUUGCCAUUGGUAACCAGGAAUUGACAUUAGUGUAUUUGUAAAAACAUUCAUUAGUUGACAAUUUCUGUGUUGAGCUAACUUUCCAGCAAUUCUGUGUAUAUCUGGAUCUCACUGUCAGAUUUCAUGAUGUUUGUCAAACAAACGUCAAGUUUCAUAUUCCUACCGAGGUUGCUGAUAGGGAAAUAAUAUAUUUAUAACACCAUCAUAAUUAAAUGGCAUUGUGUCUACAAAUAGACAGUUUUAAGAAGCAUGUUGCCGGAAGUGUUUCAUCUUGGGAAGGAUAUUCCUGAAAACUGCUGAUACCCCAAAACAGAAGCACCGUUAUUGCCUGAGUAAAACAUUUUCUUUCAAAAUUGUGACAACAAGGUUUGCAAAAUAUGUUUAAUUAAUUAAUUAAUUAAUUUAUUUAUUAACCCUGCAAUGUGUUUUAAAUUCUAGCCCUCAGACUUAAUGUAAUUUAUUCACAGUUUUAGGUCUGUUGUUUAUGAAAUAUAUUCCACUUACAUUUUGGAAACGUAUUCAAAAGAUUAAGUUAGUUUAAACAAAGUAGACAGUAGUGUUAAACGAAAUUAUAUACAUGGUUUGAAGACAUAUUCCUUCCUGUUGGGUUGUAGGCAUACGAGGCAGAUUGGACAGACUGUAUAGUCGUACUGUGGUGCCCUACAAGUCACUUUGUAUGUGGAUUUUUGUGAGAAAACACGGAAAGUUAUCAGAAUGUGUGUUUUGUAUGAUGACAUACCAUCAUCUGCUUUUUCUACCGACUUAUGCAACUGUCUCCAUAUCGUGAAAUGAACGUCCGUCGUGGCAGUGCCUGUGUGCUUGUGUUGUGCUUGGACAAUAAUGCUUGCUGAGAUGGAGGAUCUGGAUUGUCAUAUAUUCAUGUUGGACAUGUCUGCUAGUCAAGGAUGUGUAUAUAGUACCAGACUUUUUCAUGUUGUGUGCGAUGUCUAGUCAAAGUCUCCAUCGCCAAGACGACAAGUUGGGAAGCUGUCAGAACAAAGCCUGAUUUUCAGGGAACAUUGUUUGUCAGAGCAGGAGGAUUGUCAGAAGAAGUGAUCACCAGAGAACAAUUGUCAUUUGAUCUAAAAACAAGAAUGUUGCUGAGAACUUUGUCCGAGAAAGUGUUAUGAGAACAAUGGUCUGAGAACAAGUGUUUAUGAGAACAAUGAUUAUCUGAGAACAAUGAUUAUCUGAGAACAGUUGUUUAGGAGAACAAUGAUGAUCUGAGAACAGUGACUUCUGAGAACAAUGAUCAAGUGACAAGGAUUGUCUUGAUUUCUGACAACAAUGACCAUCUGACAACAGUGAGAACAAUGAUUGUGAGCACAAUGACUUCUGACAAUGUUAGUGUAAUGAUAAUGUCCGGAAAUUAAUUGGAGGAAUCACUAUGCCAGUCUGCCACACUGUAAGUGAAAGAUUGAACACUAUCAGGGAUCUAGCUGUAUGUUAAACCAGGUUUUGCUACAGGUAUCAAAUUGCAAAAGUCUAAGAACUGUUAUGAGAAUUAUGUAAUUUAGAUGUUGUGCAAUGGCAGAUAGCUCAUGUAUUUUUGGCUUCUCAAGAAGGGAUUAUAUUUACAAAGUUUAAAAUCACAUUUUGAACCGAGAUUUUGUUGUAGAAAAUAUGACUAUUUGGUGUUAAUUUUUCUGCAUCAAAUCAGGUGUACAAGAGUUUUGCUACAUUGUCUAUAAUUUAUCUGAAAUCACUUUGUAAGUUAAAUUAAUGAACAAAAUUUCUACAGAUUAUGUAAUAUGAUGAUGUAUAACCCCAAAAGCUUUUUAUCAAAACCAAAUAACCCAUUUCAUUAUUAAUAUCACAGAGUUAUGUAUUUAUCAAAUGCUAUUUAAAGUCAGUUUUGAGAUCAGUGUAAAUUUAAUUAUGAACUUUAUGAAUGAAUCUUGGUAAGUUUCUGUGAAUUGUUUUGCUACAUCGGUGUGUGCAAUAUAACCUUGAGUAGAUGUUGUCUGCUUUUACUGAUGGUGCCCCUCUUCAUCCCCUCUGUUGAUGCUGAGCAAUGCAGUCACACACCCCAGCAGGUCCAACAAUACACUACAUGACAUGCAUUGUUAUGCAGGACAAUGGAAAUACCUCAAACAAUUAAAAUACAAUGAUAAUUAUUAUUAAAAAGUGUGCUCCCACAAUGAUAAUUUUAUUUUAUUUGUUUGAUUAUUUUACCAAAUUAUUACUACAAUCAUUGUAUAUUUGUGUUUCAUUAUUUUGGGAUUUUUUUAAAAAACAACAGUUUAAUAUAUUGUAUGUAUUUUUCUUUUGUAUAUUAGUGAUAUAACAGAUUCACAGAAGGGGAUUUAGUUGAAGAAAGUUGUGUUACGUUGAUGGAGAAAGAAGUUUCAUCAAUGUUGGAUCUAGGUUUGUUCACUAGGACUUGAUCCCCAAAAAUAUAUUACCCUGGUACCUAGUUGUUUGUAGUUUGGUAAGUACCUUGCGUCAAUUUUCUAAUUAUAUUUUAUUUUUGAUAUUUGUUUUGUUGUAAGUUCCAGGGGUGUUUUUUAUGGUGAAUAAGGUAUCUCAUGAAGUUCCCAAUUAGGAUUGGUUGUCCCUGCAUAACAUUGUAUCACACUCAUUACAUACAAACAUUGCUGUCAUUUUAAGUCUGUACUCAAAAAUAUUUGCUUCUAACAAUAUAUUUCAUGUCUUUGAUAGGCAUUUAGAAGCUGGAGUAAAUUACAUUUUAUGUAGCAUGACAACUAUUCAUGGCUAACUCUUUUCUCUUCAUCAUUCACUUAAGGGAGAGACAGGAAGCAUGCAUGAAAUUGUUGUUCAAAAAUUUAUUGUCUUAAUAAAAUCAUAGCCUCAAAUAACACCUUAGGACAUAUAGUUGAAUGUUUUGUUAGAAGAAACGUUACAAAAAUCUGUUACACUUAUGAAUAUUUGAUGGAAAUAUUUGGGGAUGAUUAAAGACUGAAAUCAGCAAGGACGAUGCCAGGUUUUGAUUGUUCAUGCACACUGCGUAAUGUUAUGGUGUUGAGUGAGGUUUCUCAGUACAAUUACAUGCAUCACAACUUUCUCUAGAAUAUGCUGUUCCUCUCGACUGUGGACGAGGCAUCACCUGUACAUAGUCGUCUAUAUUCGGAUGGCCUGUCUGAAGGACACACGGACGGACGUAUGGCACGCAGUCUGUGGUGGCGAACGCUGUUGACAACACGCAGCAGCAAGUGACCACCGUAUCUCAGUGUCCUAGUGUGUAGACUGUGAUGUACUUACACCACAUGAUAAUGUACAUUUUUGAAUAAAAUAUAAUGCAACCCUA